AUGCCUAUCGCGACAUCUACAGUGGUUGGAGCGUUGGCAUGUCAGAGAAAUUCCUUUUUGAAGUCAUUUGAAACUCAAGUCAUCUCUUGCAAGCCAUAUGAGCCAAUCUUGUCUUCGAGAGAUAAGCAGAACAAGAACAAGGUGAAAGAUGACAAGAAGGACGAGGGAUUAUUUUCCGUUGAGCUAGAGGACACUAUAUUGUUUCCAGAAGGUGGGGGUCAGCCAUUUGACACAGGUAAACUCAUCCUUCUGGAUGAUACCACAGUGGACGUCAUAAAGGUGUUGAGGAAGGAACUCUCAGCCGUUCAUGUCGUGCCCCAGGAGGUCAAGGAGGGAACAGUGGUCAAAUUGAGCCUUGAUUGGGAAAGACGACUUGACAUAAUGCAACAACAUACGGGUCAGCACUUGGUAUCGGCCAUUUUUGACUCGUAUGACUUGGAAACCCUCAGCUGGUCUAUGGGUGAGUCUAUCAAUUACAUCGAAUUACCCAAGAGAGUUGACGAUACCAUUAUUGCCGAAGCGUCCAGAAGAAUAAACGAGAAGAUCGUUGAAAACAUACCCAUCAGUGUUGCCACGCCAGACGAACAUGGCCAUGAGAUCGAUGUUUCUCACAUCCCAGACGAUUAUGACAAGUCCAAAGGUGUCGUUAGAAUUGUGUCAAUUGGAGACAUGGACACCAAUCCUUGUUGUGGUACUCACUUGAAGUCCACCGGCCAGGUUCAAGCGGUAGCUUUGUUACAUCAGACUAACAUUAGAGGAGGUAACUCCCGCUUGCACUUUGCCUGUGGUUCACGUGUAUCGAAACUUUUAGAGAAGAACCAUCUGAUUUUGAAAGAUGUAUCUGGCAGCCAGCUUUCAUGCCAGAUCGAGGAGGUGGGAACAAAAGUGGCUGAACUCAAUGUCAACUAUAGAAAAGUGCUUUCGAGAGAGGCUUCUCUCCUCAAAGAAUUGGCUGGCCUCAAAGCUGCAGCUGUUUUUGAGGAGCUAAAAGAGAAGAGUGUGGCAUUUAUUUAUAGAGCAGACAGCUCGCCAGAGUACUUGACUGCUUGUCAAAAGGAGCUCCUUACGCUCAUUAAUGGAAACAAGGACAGCGGAGUCAACUUAACCGACGCUAACACCGUCGUGUUCAUCAACGGCGAGGAGGAGGCAAAGGAGCCAGUUUCCAAGGAAAGGUUACCAAGUAUGAAAAAGGCGAGGUAG